AUGGAAUCAAUGGAGACAGACUACAAGACUUUGUAUUCCAGUCUAAAGAGGAAAUACAAUAUGAUCAAUGAGGAGAAGGAUCAAGCUCAACUGAUGCUUGAACAUGCCAAGAGGCAGAUCAAGAAGUUGGCCAAAGAGAAGAGCUUCUUGUUGGACCGACUGAUCAAGUUUGAAGAGGUAUCUUCCGACUCUGAGGGAGAGAGUGAAAUUGUAACGCCAAUGAAGCAGCAACAGCAACACAAGUCACUCCCAGCACUGGCGCCAUCAUCAGCGUCGCCCAUAAUAGAGAUGAAGGACCAGGUGGUCCGGGAAAGAGAAAGGGAAAGAGACAGAGGUGAUCGUGACAACAGAUCCAGGAAUGAUACUGGUAGAAGUAGUGAUAGAGUACAACAGAGUGGUGAUGGUGGCAGUAGUAGCAGUAGAGGUAGUGACCGUGCCAAUGACAGAGGAAGUGGAAAGGAUAGAGAUAUGAUCAGGGAAAAGGAUAGACAACAAGCUAAAGUGGAGCUGAAACAACAACAACAGCAACAACAACCAUCACAACAAAGAGAAAAGAGAGAGAAAGAGAGGAGAGAGGUACCAUCAUCAUCAAGUGAUUAUUAUGCCAAGGCGGCCGAGGAGGAGAGAUCUUCAAGCGGUGGCAAGAAGUCGAAUGGCAGACUGGGCGGACAGAUGCAUGCCAAUCCACCCGAGAAAAAGGAUGGCAAGUCCUCCUCCGCUGGACACGACUCGAAAGACCACCAGCUGCCGAUUGACAAAUACUCGGCCCAGGCCCUUCCAGACCUGAGGGACAGGGAUGUCAAUAGAGGAGCAGUCGCACCUGCGCCCAUUGUAGAGAAAGAGAUCGAGGAGUCGUCCCCAAUGGUUGCCGCCGCUGUAGCCACCAAUGGAGGCACACCCAAGCUCGAGGCUCAGGACGGCUUCUGCAUGGCGUUUGGCAAGGAUCGUCAUUGCAAGAGCAAGGCAUUGGCAAACUGUAGAUAUUGCUGGCAUCAUGCGCCACUGGACCCCAACUCUGGCUACGUCUGGUGUCUUUUCGUCUCUGCCAACAAGAAGAAGUGUAACAUACCGGUGCAGAAGUCCAAGGGCCAGUCCUUCUGUGCCUACCAUCAGAACCAAGGUGGAAGCAAGCCCAAUGGAUCCGAGGGUGGCCUCAGUGCCACCGAUGGCAGCGAUCCAGAUUCGGACGUGCCCGAGAAGAAGAAGAAGAAGCAAAAAAAUAGCGACAAGUCCGACAAGAAGGACAAGGACAGAUCAUCAAAGAAGGAUAAGCAUAGUACACAUGACAAGACACCAUCCUCCAGUGAGAAACGCGACAAGAACAGGGACAAGGACAGACAGUCCAAGCACGAGAGCAAGUCUAGCAGCAAUGGCACCUCACCAGACAAGCCAUCUACAAGAGACAGUGGACUGACACACCAUGCCAUGUUGUCCGAGCCUUCAUCCCCAGACGUAUUCCAUCUGCAAGCACAGCAGGAUGCAUUCGCCAAGACAUCGCUUCCGCCAAUCCUGCCAUCACUCAAGUCACUGUCACCAUCGCCCUCGUUCAGUCCCAAGAUGGCCUCACCAUUCCCGUCUGGUUCGAGUGCCAGGGGUGAGGGCAUGCCACUGCACAAGCUCAUGUUGGAGCAGGACAGCGAGGUAGACAUUGAAGGCAUGAGUAGUCCUGGCGACAGGGCACCAAUCAACGAGAAGAUCGCUGUCUAUGACAGCUCGCCAUACUCUGACGACAGGAUGCCGGCCAUGAACUGA